GCAUUCAUUUAGGGGGGUAAAAAAGUAUUUAAAUGUGUCAGAUUAUGUUUUCUAUUUAAAAUAUCAUAUAUAUCUUAUAUAUGUGGUGUCAUUUAAAUUAGGAGAGAUGCGUCUUCAAAGUUCAAACACGUGUUUGCCCGCUCUGUUGGGGAUGGAGUAUCCCGAUCCUAUGGGAUCAGGCCUCACCGUACCUGUGCUUGGGUGUCAGAUUGAUCCAGCAUCAGGGAAUCCAAUACCCUUGGCUGGAACCAUGGAGGAUCUGAAUGGAAAAGGGCUGGUUGCAAUACGUUAUGCUUCUCAGACUGUUGAUCCGGUCACUGGGCAGUUGGCCCCAGUAGCUGGAAUAAGGCUGGACAUGUUUAAAAAGACCAUUGUUCCCGUCACGGCUUCAUACUGGCUAAUGAUGGCAGAACAAACUGAUAGUGUGCAGGUAGAGGCCCUGCAGAGAGAAGUGUGUGUGAGAAACUCUUACUGUCAGCAGCAAAGGCAGCGUGAUGAAGACAUUCUUACUGAUCUGGAUGCAGCCUUAUUCCAGUCUCUCCUUCGGAUAACAGAUGCAAGCUUUGAUCAGGUCCAGUGGGCAGGGAAGCAGCUAAGGGAAGCAACCAUGGAGCUGCAGGACGCGGCACAGACUGAGGCCCAGAGAAGAGCAGCUCAGCGCUCCUUCUUGGCCUUAAUCCUGCCCCCACAUGUGUUACACAUCCUCACAUUUGGUGAUGAGGAUGAAUGGGACCAGCACUGCGUUUGGCACUCAGCGCUCAUGUCUGGCCUUGAUAAGUUGGAUGUGUAUAUGGAUCAGCUGCAACAAGAAAAAAAAAAAAGGAUGACACAAGCAGGAGUGUGGUCUACAAAACUCCAUGCAAUGGAGAGUGAGCUAAGACAGAGAGAGCUUUGGGAGCAGUGUAGUUCCAGACAGACGGAGCUGGAGACUGCUCUCAGCUCGUUGCAUUUUGACAGAAAUCUUUCUCAGCUGCGUGCCGACACUGCUCAGGCAGUACUGUGUGGGAACUUUUGGUUCAGGGAGUAUGGUCUGGUUCAAUGCAGUGGCCAUGAGCCAAAUAUAAGGAUGAUGGGUCUGCUCCAGCAGAGAGCAUUGCCUGUGCUCAAGAGGCUAAGCCAGUUGCUGGGAGAAAAACAGCCACCCAGCUUUUCCCCCAGUACCUGCAAUCAGCACAUCUCUGGUUUGUCAACAAAGCAGGCCUAUUGUCUGGAGAUACCCUCUAGAGUCUGGACAGCAUCUGUGCCUGUAGUUAAAGGAAUAUCCACCCAGUCUUUGAGGGACCCUGUUAGCCUGGCUCAGUCUCAGGACGCGAGUCUUCAGACCAGUUCAGAGCCGGCUCACAACUCACAAAGACGGAUCGCAUCUUCUGGCAUUCAUUCUCAGGAGAGCCAACAGUUGAAGGAAUCAGCCCAGUGUUUACACACUGCGGUUCCCACAUUUCCAGAAGAGGAGUGGACCAAGCUGCUGAAGCUAUCUCCUCUAUUCCAACUCUUAACAGCGGUGGAGCAGCAGCUGAAGGGCUGGGGCAGUAAGGCAGGGCUUCUUGACAGAGGCAAACAUUUUGUGGAUGUCCUCGAUGCUCAGUGGGAAUGUGAGGGAGAGCUGGUUCUUUUGGAGCUAUCAGUCCUCAACCCCAGGGAGUUCCUGGUCUACCAACAUGGAUUAUUCCUGAUGCAAACACUGCAUGAUCUAAAACUGACUCCAUCCGUUUCUCUUCAGAUAGCAGCUAGCCUCCCAAACAACAACUAUGUCAACAAUGCCUUCAGAAAUUCCUUCUUUUAUCAGGUAAAACUGGAGCAAUGUAAACAUAUACCAGUACUUUGA